AUAAUCCUGCAAGUCGAAGGAAAGCGAGGACUCCUUAAUCAUACGUGGAGUGCAUUUCUUUCUGUCUUGAGGCUUUUUGAUUGAAUUAUUUUGUCUCUUUUGCGGAAGAAAACUAGAAGGGAAAGUUUGAAUUGUUUAUAUGGCCGAAGAAGGAGAACUUUCAUCUCCAGACGAGUUGGAAACCAGUUUGGAUGGAGUGGAGCUUAAUGUUCUGGAUGAUAUACUUGGGGAACCAGCAAAUGACGAGUUUGCUGCUGAACUGGACACUCCAGCAAAGACAAGUGUACCAAGCAGAAAGCGAAGAGCCAACACUGAUGACAAGGCUGAUACAUCUAAAAAGAGACACUUGGACAGUCCAAAGAUUCAAACCAAAGAAAACAACAGUUCCUCUCCUCAAACCAUGAAAAUCUCCAGCCAGACUCCAACUAAAAACAGCAAGGCUUCUAAAACCAUUGCAUCUGGGCUAGAAUCUCCCAAGACAGGUGAGAGUGACAAGGAAAAGCUUCCAGUGAAAGAAAAGGAAGAAAAACAACGUCCAAGAAAAGAUGCUCCUAAGGAAAUUAAAGUAAAACUGAAAGAGAAGGACAAAGCUGCAGGUCAGCUUGAAAAUGAAAAUCCAAGCAAAGAAAAGGGAAAGGAAAAAGACACAACAAAGAACAAACAGAAGGAUAUGAAGGGUUCCAAAACUGAGGGUGAUAGUAAAACUGGAGACAAAGAGACUAAGAAAAAAGAAGAACAGAAUGCAGCAACUACCGAAACUAAAGGAGUUGCUGAAAAAGAGACAGAAAUGAAAAAAAAUGAUAAUUUAUCAAAGAGGGUAAUGAGCUCAAAAGCCAAAGGUGCUUCAAAGGUUGUGAAGAGGGAGGGUCCAAAAAAGGAAGUAGUGAAAAAAGAGGCAAAGAAGGAAAAUGUUAAGAAAGCAGCUGAGAGCAAUAAAGGACAGAGUAAGGUGUCUAAAGAGAAAGUAAAAGCUGUAUCAGAAGAGAAGAAGGCCAGCACAGCAAGUCCAGCCAAGAAAGUAGCAAAACAGAGUGUCCACAGCACUCCCUCUGAAACUAAAAGCCGAAAAGUUCGGGAACCAUCAAAUAAUCUUAGUGAAAAGAGCAGCCAGAGGCAGAUUAAUGAUGGAGUGAAAGGAAACAGAAGAGGCAGUGUUGAAGUCAAGAGCAAAUCAACACAGAAGAAGUCUACUACACAAAUCAAGGAGAAGAAGAGUAAAGUCAAUAGAGGUGUCAAGUAUUCAGAGAAAAUACCAACAAUCCAAACAGAAGAAGAAGAACUUGGAAACAAAGUUCAGGAUCCAGAUAGCAUUGAUGAACCCAUGAGGGGAAAUAAGGGAGAGGCAGAGGAGAGUGAAAUAACUGAGUUUGGACCUGAUGAUGAUCCAGAGGCAACACAAGCAGUCAUAGGUACAGAUUCAGUAAAUUCAGAGUCAUUGGUGGAAAGCAAAGUGGCUCUAGCUGAAGAUACAGAUGCAGUUAGUAAAUAUGAGGCGAGUGAAGAUAUGGAAGUUAUUGAUGACUUGGAGGAGGCCAGUGAAGGUGCAGGUGGAAGUGAUGACAGUGGGGAAGAAGAUUUUAGUGAAGGAGAGGGAGGUUCAGUGUCACCUUCCUCUUCAGCUUCUUCAAAAUCAGAAUCAGAAAAUCCAAGUAAUGAAGAACAAAAUGAACAAGAAGGAAAGAAAGUAAAAAGAAGGAAAAGAAGAGCAUCAUCUCCUGUGGAAGGAACUAGAUCAAGUGGUGAAAGUGAUAACUCCUUAGCUGAUAGUCAGCUUCACAUCAAGAGUAAAGUGGCAAAGGCAUCAUCAUCGAAAUCAAAGAAAACAUCCAAUUUGGAUGAGUUCUUUGAAGAAGCUCGAUACUUUGUGAUGAAAAGUAACAAUCAUGAGAAUGUAGCUUUGUCUAAAGCCAAGGGUGUGUGGUCAACUCCAAAGGCUAAUGAGAAGAAACUAAAUGCUCAUUUUAAGAGGUAUAAAAAUGUAAUUUUAAUAUUUUCUGUAAAAGAGAGUGGAAAGUUCCAGGGGUUUGCCAGACUGGCAUCAGAAGCCAAACAUGGAGGCCAGCCAAUGCCUUGGGUGUUGCCACCUGGAAUGAAUGCCAAAGCACUAGGAGGAGUAUUUAAAUUGGAGUGGCUCAAUAGGAGGGAGCUUUGGUUCAGUAAGUGCCUGCAUUUAAGAAAUCCUUGGAACGACAACAAAGAGGUGAAAAUUUGCCGUGAUGGACAGGAAGUGGAACCAGCUGUGGGUGAAGCUCUUUGCCGAUUGUUCCCAGAAGAUGAGACAGUGGAGCUCAAUCCAACUCACCACUCAUCAACAGAAAGACGACGAAGGAAGGAAAGGGAUGCUGCUAGGCAUCGUCCGAGACACUCUGAGGAACUGCGCAAGACAAAAAGAAAGCACAGAGUUUCAGCGUCAAGGCAUCAUGCGCGAGAUCACCAUGAACCAACAUCGCGAUAUGACGACAGAUCUCGUUAUGGUGGUGUGAGGCGUGAGACUCUUCUCCACGGAUCCUAUUCAGACUACAUGCGGGAGUAUCAGCGGUCAAGACACUCUUCUUCUUUACCUCCACUACGAUCACAUUUCUCGACUCGAACAGUAGACGUGCCAUCGUAUUACCCACCACUGCACAUAAGUCAUAGCAGUUCACGAAGUGGAGGUUACCACCGACCAGUUGAUCAAUAUGCAGCAGCCUGUGAUGAAUUCCUCAGAAGAACACAGUCUGAUCGUGGAAGUAGCAGUCGAUACCGUAGUAGGCGCAGAUAGCGCUUCAGGAAUCUUAUUUGUAAAAUAUUUUCAGUGACUCAAAUUGUUCUAUUGUUUAUUUCUUCCACUUAAUAUUACGCAGACUUUUCAGAUUUGGUUUAGAACUGUAUUAAUUUUUCAAUCAUUUGUAGAACUUUUUAUUGGAACGGAAAGCAAGAAUUCCCUCAGCAAUCUUUCGUUAUAAUAUGUUCUUAAUAUGCUUUCUCAAAUGUUAUAGUAUCACAAUGAAAUUAAAUUAUAACAAGAAA